AUGAAAGAAAAAUGGGAUCAGGGAAGUCAUUGGGUGAAUCUUCGUAAUGGCCCUCCCAUUGAAGAGCGUUUAGCCAAAUUAUUACACCAAGAAGCCGGUGUUCCUGAAGGACCUUGCAAUUUGACCCACGUGCAAAAAUUUCAAGAUUUUUUGGGACCACAGGGAUACCAAAUUGUAGUGGUAUGUGCUCAGAAUGCUGUCAUCCUGUUUAAAGAUGCACAGUACAACCAAAAUUCAGCUGGUGAAAACGGAUGGUCAUUUUGAUGGUUUGACAUCCAUCCCGGCAUUUAUUAACCGCAGUUAUUUCUGUUUUAAUUGUAAGCGUGGUUAUGAUCAUGAAAGUGCUCCGCAUCAUAAUUGCCAAGGACAAAACUGUCCAGCUUGUUUACGGCAAAACAAGAAGUGCCCAAACUAUGCUGCUUGGUUGAAACCGAACUUUGAAUGUCGAGAUUGUCACUGUUUAUUUUAUGGGGAAGACUGUUCGGAACAGCAUAAGAAAGAUAAACUGUGUUGCAAAUACAGGAGGUGUCUGGUGUAUGCUCAAGAAUAUCAAGUGGAUAAAAAGAAACCGCACAAAUCCUAUCACCGUACAUGUAGGAAUUGUAAACAAUUUGUCAAUAUCAAUGAACAUUUGUGCUACAUACAGCCUGAAAUAGAAGAAGAAAAAGAGACAGUGGAAGACGCAGAAGAUUUUGAAGAUCCACUUCAAUAGGGAGAAUCAGAUGACAACGAAGAUCAAAAACAGCCUCCCCCAUCACCGCUUUUAGUGUAUGCAGAUUUUGAAUGUAUGUUGGGGGCCGAGAAUCACUUUAUUCCUGAUCUUAUUUGUUAUGCGAACCUCCGAAGACGAUACAGUGGUCAGUCAUCUUGGAUUAGACUGUACGGAAAAGUUUGUGCACGACCUGGAUGUUCUGACAGAAGUUGAAGAUAAUGAGAAAGAACGUGACAUUCAAGUAUUUUUUCAUAACAUGAAGGGAUUUGACGGGAUUUUUAUCAUGGAUGAACUCUACAAAAAAAGAGAGAAGUAGCGAAUCAAUUGACCGUAGGGGCGAAAGUGCUGCAUUUUCAAAGUGGAACCAUACAUUUUAAAGAUUCCAAAUUCCACGUCGAGGCUAAUUUAUUGUAUGAAGGGCGUAUCCCCAAUGUGGAAUAUUACGACCCAGACUCAAUGGAUCCUAAAGAGAAACCCGCCUUCCUUGCUUGGCAUGCUGAUCAAGUCGCCAGAAAUGUUGUCUUUAAUUUUAAAAAGGAACUGCAGGAAUACUGUGAAAGUGAUGCUCAGUUAUUGAAAGCGGGCUGUGAGAAAUUCGUGGAAGAAUUUUCUACCAUUGCUGGAUUUAAUCCAUUGUUAAGGUGUGUUACGAUCGCGAGUGCGUGCAAUUUAUUCUGGCGAAAAAAAUUAUUACAACCUGAUUUGAUUGCAGUGGAACCCGUUCGCGGAUGGCAUGGGGCUCAGGUCAAUCAAAGCAAAGUCGCACUUAAAUGGCUUUAUUUUGAAGAAAGUAAAUUGGACGGAGACAAUGAGAUUAUGUUUGUGAGAAAUGGAGGGGAACAGAGAGUGCUUACUGCCGCAGAAAGCUAUUUUGUGGGUGGAUUUAAUCCAAGAACAAACACUGUAUACGAAUUUCACGGUUGUUAUUAUCACGGUUGUGUGAAAUGUUUUUAA